AUGAAAUUCCUCGUUGUUUUGUGCGCUGUCUUCGCAGUAGCAAUGUGCAAACCAGGUCAAAGCCAUGGAGGACAUGGCGGAGGCGGCGGCGGAGGACAAGUCUUCCAAGUUUCUGUUCAAGGCGGAGGCGGCGGCGGACAUUCUGCUCCAGCUGCUCCUGCUCCCGCUCCUCAAGUAAUUCAUGUUAUUCAAGAACAAGCUCCUGCUCCAGCUCCAGCGCCAUCUCACGGAGGAAACGGAGGCGGUCAAGUUUUCCACGUUAAGGUUCAAGGCGGCGGAAGCGGAGGACAUUCUGCUCCAGCUCCUGCUCCUGCUCCCGCUCCUCAAGUAAUUCAUGUUAUCCAAGAACAAGCUCCUGCUCCAGCUCCAGCGCCAUCUCACGGAGGAAAUGCCGGAGGACAAGUUUUCAAUGUUAAGAUUCAACCUGCUCCUGCUCCAGCUCCAGCUGCUGGCGGAUGGUAA